GCUUAGUUUCCCCGCAUAUUAUUUGCCCAUUCUGAACCAAAUAGAGAGACUUUAUUGUUUUUUCCUCUACUCUCUCUCUCUCUCUAUUUUGUUCUUCUUCUUUACCAAAAUAUAAUUUUUCCAACAAUAUUGCCCCGAUAAUUAGGAAACUAAACUAAAUUGUUCUUUUCUCUCUCUAUUUCUCUGUUCCUCUUUUCUCUUUGUUUAGGGUUUGCCUGAAUUGCUUCUGUAAAAUUUCGCUUGAUUAUUAUGUUCACGUUAUUGCAUGGAGGAAAUGAUGAAACUGUGUUGUUCGAUUCCGUUCUCUGGAGAAACCCAAGGAAGAUGAGUUCUGUCUUUACUUGUCAAAGCUUCACAAUUAUGAUGAUGUUGUGGAAAGAGUAGCUCGUCAUCUCAGUAUGAAUGAUCCAUCUAAAAUCAGACUUACAUCUCAUAACUGCAUCUCCCAGCAACCUAAACCCCUACCAAUCAAAUACCGAGGAGCGGCACAUCUGUCAGACAUGCUGGUCCACUACAGUCAGACUUCAGAUAUUCUAUAUUAUGAAGUGCUGGAUAUUCCUCUGCCAGAACUGCAGGGCUUGAAAACUCUGAGAAUCGGUUUUCAUCAUGCUACUUAGGAUGAGGUAGUAAUUCAUACUAUUAGACUGCCUAAAGAAAACACUGUAGGGGAUGUUAUUAAUGACCUUAAGACAAAGGUUCAGGUUGAGUUGUCUCAUCCAAAUGUCGAACUUAGAUUGCUUGAAGUAUUCUAACACAAGAUCUACAAGAUCUUCCCACUUAAUGAGAAGAUUGAGAACAUUAAUGAUCAAUACCGGACUUUACGAGCUGAGGAGAUUCCCGAAGAGGAGAAAAACCUUGGCCCCCAUGAUCGCUUGAUUCAUGUUUAUCACUUUAUGAAAAACACAGCUCCGAACCACUUGCCGGUUAAGAAUUUUGGGGAACUCUUUCUUUUGGUCAUCCAUGAGGGUGAGAUUUUAAAAGAAUUUAAAGUGCGCAUACAGAAGAAAUUGCAGGUUCCAGAUGAGGAGUUCUCAAAGUGGAAGUUUGCAUUUUUUUAUUUGGGUCGUCCUGAAUACCUUCAGGACUCUGACUUUUUGUCCAGCCGUUUUCAGGUGCUCUCUCUCUCUCUCUCACACACACACACUUGCGCAUGCAUGGGUCAUUUAAUUUGGGUGGUUUGUUUCGUUUCUUUCUUAUUCUUAUUUUCACAGUGCUUUCAGAGAAUUGAUGUUUAUGGUAAGUGGGAACAGGACCUUGGAUUGGAGCACCCUGACAAUGCUCCUAAAAGGUCAUAUGCAGCCAAUCAGAGAGAGAUGGUUUCGUUGUCUCUAGUACCUCCUCCAGAGGGAUGCUCGAAUAACGGAAAUGAAGCUUUUCAAAGUAUACUUGGUGAGAAGGACGACAAUGAGCGUGAGAUUGGGCAUGAUGCAAAGCUCGCUCAAUCAUGGCGGCGUUCUAGUUGUGCCGAAGUGGCAGCAGCUAAAAAAAGAGCGGAUGAUGCUGAACAGAUGGCUUUGGAGGCAAUACAAAAAUUGAAGGAGACGGAGGAAAGGCUAGAAAGCUUGGAGCAACACGUGCAAACAUAAUCCUCUUUUAUGGCUAGACAAUCUCUCGAUCUCAAUAAAGAUUGAAUGUUGGUGGUAUAUAUUUAGGCUUUUUUUCACCUUUGUUUUAUUUGAAAGGUAAAUUAGUAAUCAUAAUUUUUUUUUU